AUGUUCUUUUUCUUUAUAUCGUUCCUCUCCUUCCUCCUCUUCCUCUCCAAGUCCCUCUCCCUGCAACCCCUCCCCCCAUGGGCAAGUGAGGUGAGACUGCUACCCCUGCCCGCCUGCCGGGAACUCCUCGGCUGUCUCUCCCGCUGGCUUGUGGACAGCCGCCAGGUCGCCGCGGCCGUAUUCGCUCUGCUUCCCGUGAUGACUCACAGGAAGAGAAGCUCCCACAGGGUGGAGAAUGUGGAUUCAAGGGGAGAGAUGUCGAUUCUCGACUUGCCGGAGCUGACCCUGGAGAUAAUCCUCGGCAGGCUCUCGCCAGCGGGGCUCUGCAACUUGGCCGCCGUCUGCAACUCCCUGCGGGAGAGGUGCCGGAGCGAUCAUCUAUGGCGGAGGCACAUGGAGGAGAAAUGGGGGAGCUUGAUGGGCCCUGCGGCGCAGAGGGGCUGGAAAUCUUUCGUCUCCUCUUGUGAGGACAACCUCGCCCCCGUUGGAGCCGGCUAUCGGAGGGAAUGGCUCAGAGUCCUCUCCUGCGUGUGGCCUCUCUCUUGGUUGACCUCGAAGUUCGGCGCCGCCGCCGAAACCAAACCCUGGUUGCCGGACAACUCGAUCAUGUCCUGGUAUCUGGCGAUCGAGACCGGCUUCUUCCGCUUCCCUGCCCAGGUCUUCAAUCGAGAGGUGCUCCUCUUCUCCUGGAUCAUCUCGGUUUCGAUUAUAUCACAUUUUGAGGUCUUCCCCUUUCCGGUUUCUGAUCAGAUAUCGUCAUUAAAUUACAGAACGGGCAUGUGGGGUUCAUGCUGUCCUGUUAUGACGCAGAACUCAGCUAUGAUUCCCGCACAGACACCUUCACCGCGAGGUACCCGCCGCACGGCCGACGGACGAUGGUGGUCGAGGAAGGAGUGCCAUGGGAGAGACUGAGAGCUCCGCCGGUGGAAAGCUCUGCUCACGACCUCCACGUCUCCGAUUGCCUCGCCGAUCUGCGGCCCGGGGACCAUGUUGAGAUCCAGUGGAGAAGGAACAAGGAGUUCCCUUACGGUAAAUCCUCCCUUCUUGCUGCCACCAUCAAUGAGGAUCGAAGCUAGAGAUAUCUCUACCUGAGAGAUCAAAUUUUUACCAGAGUCUUCUCCCCGUCUGUGGCAGGCUGGUGGUAUGGUGUCGUGGGUCACCUGGGUUCUUGCGGCGGGAACGAGCUCCAUUGUCGCUGUCACAGAAGUGGUGAGCUACUAGUUCUUCGAUGGGCGAAACCCAUUCAUCUCAAAUUCAAAUAGAUUGAGAAAAUAAUGGAAUCCAUUUCUUCUUCCCCUGACUCUUCUCCCCUUCCCUUUCGGCAGACGCUGUGGCGCUGGAGUUCAACCAGUACACGGAAGGCUCGCGGUGGAGAAGAGCGAUCCUUAGUCGGAAGGAUCACCGGGAAGAAGGGAACGAAGCGGAGGGCUUCUACGGCGGGGUCAGGAAGCUCCGCCGCGACGACGAGAUCGCCGCCUGGCGGCGGCUGUGGCCAACCGGCGUGUUGGACUGA